AUGGGUCAAGUCUGUCUCUUGGACUCUGACCGUCUGUCCACGCUCCUUCAAGAUGCGCUGUCCUGGAGUGACCACGUCUCUUCGCUCAUGGUGUCCGCUGUGAACGGGUCGAUUCUUGCCUACGCUUACCGAGAUACCACCCCUUCAAUCAAAGAUAUGCGUACUCAAUCGACAACCAUGACGGCUGCCUACACGGUAGCAUCUGAGGACAUACUUGUCUUUGCAGCACAAAACAUGGGUGCGAUCUCCGUCAUCACACGCAUUGCGGAUCAUGUUCUUCUGGCUGUGACCGGACCAGAACCCAAGAUAAGGAAGGCGCUGCAAAAUGGGAAUUCUGAAGAGCCGGUGGAAAUUGCCGGCAAUGGAAAUGCUGGACAAGAACAAGAGGAGGAGCACGGCCAUGACGAGGAACAGCAUCAGCAGAUACGAACAGACCUCGAAAUUGUCAGCCAGGAACUUGCUGGUGUGCUUAAGGGAGAGCUGGCAAGACUCAAGUGGCCUGAAGACAUAUAA